AAUGCCUCGAUAUAUUAACGGAUCUAGCUGAAUCGAAGAUCUCUACCCGAACAUUGUGAAACUGUAUAAAUUAAUUAUUCCAUGAAAUAGUUACGUAUGGAAAGAUUUGAUAUCCUUAUAUUUGGUAAAUGCUAUUCCCAUCGAAAUGAAGUGUACAAGUACCUAAUUCGAUUCCUACUGACAAGGCUAAAAUCUUGUAGUUUGGUGACAUCGAGCGCGACACCGACAUGGUACAGGGAUCUCGAAACGUGCAAGAAGCACGUUUCUCGAGAAACAACGUUUGUAGCGCGUGACUGGUUGCGUUCGAACAAGUAUCGAGAAACAUGCUUGCGUUGAAAGAGUACGGAAGCAGUGAUGAAUGCAGUGAACCCGAAACGGAAAGUGAAAAUGCGAAAAGACAGGUUAACGACGUCAAUGACGUUAAAGAUGAUUCCAGUGAUGCGUCCUUACUCAUGGAUAAAUUAUCCACGUCGAUCAAUUUACAAAUUUGCUCCGCACCGGAAGUAGUUCCUACGGGAACCGAAUUGUGUGUAAGGCACGUAGAUUCAACGGUGACGGAAGUCACACACAAUCCGAAGUACGAAGAACUGUUUGCACCAGACGUAGGACCUGAGAAUCCUUUUAAAACGCAACAACAACGCGCUAUAAAAAACAUGCUCUCUGGAUACGUAGAGAAAGCUCAUAUAAGCGAAUUUCAGUUUGAAAAUCAAAGGAGAACUUUUGCCAGUUAUGGCUAUGCGUUGGAUCCAACUGUGGAUGGUAGCGCGGAAGAAGGUAGGACGAUAAUCGGCGCGAAGGAAGCAGCAGAAGUAUUGGGUUGCAAAACUGUGUUUGAAAGUACAACUUUAAGACCGUCGGAUAAGAGAAAGCGUCAUAGAAACGAUAACCCUGCGGAUAUCGAAGGAUUCUUAGGCCCAUGGGGUGGAUACGUGGACGAGAAACGAGUUAUAAAACCGACGGAAGAAGAGGCUGCUGAAUUAGAGGAGAUAUUAGCCAAGAGAAACAGAAGGGGUAAACCGAUGGAGGAGAAACCCUUGGAAGAAAAGACUGUGUUGCACAUCAAGGAUAGCGUGGAUUAUCAAGGAAGAUCAUUUUUACAUGCUCCACAAGACGUUGGAGUGAACUUGAGAUCCGAGUCACCUCCCGAUAGAUGUUUCCUUCCUAAAGCUCAAAUUCAUAAUUGGGAAGGUCAUACAAAGGGUAUUUCUCAAAUUAGAUGGUUCCCUCGCACAGCGCAUUUGUUACUCUCUUGCGGCAUGGAUUGCAGGGUGAAGUUAUGGGAAGUGUACAAAGAAAGAAGAUGUAUCCGGACUUAUUACGGUCAUCGUCAGGCCGUUAGAGACAUAAGUUUCGAUAAUGAUGGGAAGAGAUUUUUAUCAGCGGGAUACGAUCGUUAUGUGAAACUAUGGGAUACAGAGACUGGCACCUGCAUUAGUCGAUUUACAAAUAGAAAGAUACCGUACUGCGUGAAAUUUAAUCCUGAUUCGGACAAACAACAUUUGUUUGUGGCAGGCACCAGCGACAAGAAGAUUAUUUGCUGGGACGUUCGUUCCGGUGAAAUAACACAAGAGUACGAUAGACAUUUGGGAGCAGUGAACACUAUAACGUUCGUAGACGAAAAUCGUCGUUUUGUCACUACUUCUGACGACAAAAGUUUGAGAGUUUGGGAAUGGGAUAUACCGGUCGACAUGAAGUAUAUAGCAGAUCCUUCGAUGCAUUCUAUGCCAGCGGUCACACCAUCGCCGAAUCAAAAGUGGCUCGCGUGUCAAAGUAUGGACAACAAAAUAGUUAUAUUUUCUGCACUGAAUAGAUUUAAAAUGAAUCGUAAGAAGACAUUCACGGGUCACAUGGUUGCUGGUUACGCGUGCGGUUUAGACUUUUCUCCUGACAUGAGUUAUCUUGUUUCGGGAGAUGCGGACGGUAAGUGUUACAUUUGGGACUGGAAAACGACCAAGCUGUACAAAAAAUGGAAAGCACACGACGGUGUAUGUAUCGACGUAUUGUGGCAUCCACACGAACCGUCGAGACUGGCAACGGCUGGUUGGGAUGGAAAAAUAAAAUAUUGGGACUAAGAAUAUGUUUGUGUAUUUUUUAAAAAAUUAUAUACUUGUAUUUUCUAUAACUGUCAGUCUGGAUAAAUAGAUUAAUUUAAUGUA